AUGUAGUCACAUGGUCGAAAACAGUCUGUAUAGAGAUGUUAGCUGGCUAAAUAACUUUGCUAGUUGCUGACACAGUACUUUAGUGAAGCACGUUAGCAUCUAGACAAGAUUAUCUUUGUAAAAGUUGACCCAUUACAUUUAGUGGUUCAUUUGAAAAAAAAGUUCACGAGCUACAUUAUGUAUGCUACAAAACAAAACUUUUUACAAUGGAGUCCCGUGAUUCAUGUCAUUAAAAACAGCUUAUGCGGGCAAGUUAGAUACAAGUAAUUAGAUAGCUGGCUAGCAUGUGGCUAGUUGCUGAAACAGUAGCCACGGGAUGAGCUGUGUUGAGUUUGUGCGGCUACGUGACGUACAGCGCACGACACUGAGUUGAAUGGACACGAAGGCGAGACAACAACCUCUUUGUGCGCGCAGUAACUCCGUGGAGCCUUGUGAGAUAUAAUAACGGCGACCGGGCGACUCAAUGCAGUCUGCGACUCGCUCAGCCAGCCGCCCACUGCGAGCCAGCCAACGUGGGACAUUUCCGCACACGCCGGUCAGCUGAUCGAGACACGCGGAAACCACUAACUGUCCAAACUCCGCCAAAAAAAAAGAAAAGAAAAAACUCUUCCGGACGCAGACCGCACAGUGCUACUAAGUUUUUGCCGCUUCACGGACCCAGGGCACCCGCUUUGCUCGCCUUGUCCUGCGCGGACUCCACACUUCAGUGCAAACACACACUGAUCGAAAACACGCGGCUGCUCGGCUGUUAAUCCAAGUGGAGGUGAUGGCGCGCAGGGAGUCGCCGGUGGCUUUGAAUGGAACUCAUAUAUCCUACAUUGGACAUGAUUGUAAGGACAUCCCAGAAUUCCUUGGGGACUCUUAUGGAGAUUUUGCAAGAAGGUUGGACUUGAGCUUCAACCAACUCAGGACCCUGGCAGGCCUCAAAACGUUCACUGAGCUGGAAGAGCUGGUCGUCGACAACAAUCUGCUUGGGAAUGACCUCCGGUUGCCCAGGUUACCUAACCUGCACACCUUAACGCUCAAUAAGAACAAACUGACUGAUAUUGAAGCCCUGCUGGAGCACUUGGCUGACGUGACCCCGUCGUUGGAGUACCUCAGCUUGCUGGGCAAUGAGGCCUGCCCCAACCAGCUGGUCAGCCCGGAUAAAGACGAGGACGACUAUCAGCGAUACAGGUACUUUGUUCUGCAUAAGCUGCCGCAGCUGAAGUUUCUUGACACCAGGAAAGUUACCAGAAAAGAAGUGAUGGAGGCCCAAGCGAGAGGAGCUUUCAUGAAGGUGGUCAAGCCCAAUUCCGACAGCCCGCCCAACGAAGCCGGAUUUGAGAACCGCCCUCUGCCCUACACUCCUCUCCCCCGAGGAUCCAGAGACGCUAGAAACCACAAAGGAGUCUUUGCCAAGUGCCGCUACAUCUACUACGGCAAGCAUUCCGAAGGCAACAGAUUCAUCCGGAACGACCAGCUUUGAUGGCGCCGUCAGGUCCAGGAACAAAAGAGACCUUAGAGAACAUGGCUGAUAGUAAAAGAGCGAACGUCCUUAUUUGGUUACGUACAUUCUGCUGAUGAGGAUAAUGGACUUCAAUCAAAUAAUUACUUUGACUUUGCAACAAAAAAGAUGUUUGAAGAUCGUAGUGGUGAGUUCUGUGCCUCCCUUCUGCGUGUGCACACAGACACACACACACACCACACAAACACACACACAGUGACAAACAGGUCCAACUUAUUGCGUGUCUCGGUCUGACAGCCAUGAUGGAUCACCCAUCCACUGCUGCCACUAAUCAAGGGUGAAAGGGGUGACGGUCACACACCUGAGACCUGACACGGGCACAUCCUACACACACACACACACACACACACACACACACACACACACACACAGACAAUAUAAAGCACUCCGACGUUGUGAAAUGUUGGAGAUUAUUGCAGUCUUUUUUGAUGGUUGGUUACUAGUCUUCCUUAUGAUAGAUGGCUGAAGACUGUCCCUCUUUAUUAAUGAAAUACGUUUUAAUAAAUACAUGUAUUUAGAUUCCACUGCUUUCAGACAGUGAACUGUAAUUUUCCAAUGUCAUUUCUGACCACGUUUCGUACAACACAACACCUUAUUGUAAUACCCCUUUUGAAAAAGCAUUUUAAACUGUUGAUUUACACUCCAAUUGUUAAAGUUACUCAAAAUCAUGUUCAUCAUAUUUCCAGUCUGACAAAUUCCCCAUUCCUAAUGGCACAAAACAUUUGGUCAUUAUUUUAAUCUAUUAACCAUUUACAUUUUAUUUUUUUCCCCUGCCGCAAUUUCAAAGUCUGUUUUCAACCAGUAUUCCGAUACAGCGAUUGCUUACGUUGCCUUGUGAUUCAUUUUAAUAGACACUUAAAUUAAGCCAAGACACUUGGCUCCAAUGUAAUACUCAUUCCACAUAGUAUAUCUAUACAGUGUUGACAUUAUUUUAACAUCUGCGUUACCGCUAGGGCAUUUAAUAUUAGGCAUGCUGCCAAUGUUAGAGUAUAUUGCUGAUUACUGACAUGACCUGGCUGGUCUGAUUCAAAUGUCACUUUAAAUUUAAUGCUCAGGUCUUAUCAAAUUGUCAUCGAAAGUAGUGAUUAUCAAAGUGUGCUAGGAGUACCACCUGCCGGGCGCUCGGGUUUCCGGUUUCUCUGUUGUGGUAUAAGAAAGAAUCACGAGAUUAAAUGUUCAA